CUUCGACGUUGGAUUUGCUAAUGGGUCAGCCAUGAAAUAAACGAUGCAAAGUGUAAACCGAAAUGAAUAACGCUUUGGUACCUUCAUGAUAAGGUGGAGCCGUCAAUUUUAAUUAACACAGUUGCUACGACAAAGAGAUGAAUUAAUAUCGCGAAAAGAAUAUUAUUACUUACAGUAAUAUGCUACAUAACUUGUAUAUAUUUCCUAAUAAUUUUUUAUAGUAUAUUUAUAAUUGAAAGAUUCGAUUAAAAGAAACAGAAAAAGAUAAAUUUGUAUAUACAUAUAUAUACUAAGCUAUUACAACAAGUUAUAAUACAUUAAAUAUAAAUGAUAAAUGUCAUAAAAUAAUCUGUUAAUGUUAAUUUAUACAUAUAUGCAAAAUUCAUUAGAUGGCUCCUUACUGUUUGAACUUAUGACAAAAAUAAUUAACUGUUGUAUUGCGAGACGUAAAAAUAAUAUUCAAAUGAGUGACAUUUAUAGUAUAAAAUUCAUUCCUUUCUACUCUUUUAUAUUGUGGGUUUGAAGUAUUCGUAUAAACAUUUUAUAUAUCUUCUUGUCAUAUGCUCAUACAAAUACGUUUAAAAUGAAAUACGUAUGAGUUGUAUAGUUGAGAUUGAAGCAUAAACAGAAAUGGAAGGACAUGAGGAAGAUGAAUUAGAAGAUUUACAUUCAACUAUUUACACCUUUCCACCUAAUGUACAGAAUGUGAUCGAACAGGUUUUACCUAGUACAGAUCCGUUGGAUCAACCAAACUUUAAUGUAGUAGAUUAUAUAAAUUCAUUAUUCCCAACCGAACAAUCUCUAUCGAAUAUAGACGAUGUAGUAAAUAACAUGGAAUUAAAAAUAUGUAACAUAGACAAGGAAAUUCGUUCGGUAGUACGUGGACAAACAAAUGUAGGUCAAGAUGGGAAAGCAGCAUUAGAAGAUGCGCAGAAAGUAAUAAAAAAAUUAUUUGUGCAUAUCAAAGAUAUCAAAGAUAAAGCAGAACAAUCUGAAGAAGUUGUUAAGGAAAUAACAAGAGAUAUUAAACAACUGGACUUUGCUAAAAGAAAUCUCACUGCCUCGAUAACAGCUUUAAAUCAUUUACAUAUGCUCGUAGAGGGUGUAGAUACUUUAAAAGUAUUAACGCAAAAGAAACAAUAUGGUGAAAUUGUUUUACCAUUGCAAGCAGUGAUGGAGGUGAUGCAACAUUUUAGUAGUUAUAUGGAUAUACCUCAAGUGAAACAAUUGUCUGAUGAAGUACGUCAAAUACAUAUUGAACUGGCUCAACAAAUUACAGCAGAUUUUAAACAAGCAUUUUCUGGUCAAAAUCCAAAAUAUUUUAGUCAGUUAACAGAAGGUUGUUUAGUGUUAUCCGUAUUGGACCCUAAAGUUAAGAAAGAUCUACUUACUUGGUUUGUGGGUAUUCAAUUACAAGAAUAUGCACAUCUCUUUGAUGAAAAUCAAGAUUUUGCAUGGUUAGAUAAAAUAGAUCGGCGCUAUGCAUGGAUAAAAAAGCAUUUACUUGAUUUUGAGUCAAAAUUUGGUACAAUCUUCCCGCAAGAUUGGGAGAUCUCUGAACGAAUUGCUGUGCAAUUUUGUCAUGUUACAAGAGAAGAUCUUACAAAGUUAAUGCAUAAAAGACGUUCUGAAAUAGAUGUAAAACUAUUACUUUAUGCAAUUCAAAGAACAAGUAAUUUUGAAUCAUUAUUAACAAAAAGAUUUAGUGGUAUUACUUUGGAAAAUGUGGAUAUAACAAAUAAAAGGAUUACUACUGCAGACACGACUGAUAAUAAAGUUCCAGGAAAUCCGUUUGAACAAAAUGACCAGGUACAAAACGAAAAGCCAAAACCAUCACCAUUUUCAAAUCUUAUAGGAAAAUGUUUUGAACCAUACUUAAACAUCUAUAUAGAAAGUCUGGAUCGUAAUCUGGCAGAUCUAAUGGAUAAAUUUAUAUCAGAUUCUAAAACACAACCACCUGGUGCAAAAGAUUUUGAUGGUAUUGAAGGUCCUAGUAGUGUGUUAUCCUCUUGCGCAGAUCUGUUUGUAUUUUAUAAAAAAUGCAUGUUGCAAUGUACACAACUUAGUACUGGCUCGAUUAUGUUGAGUUUAGCUGAAACUUUUCAAAAAUAUUUGCGAGAAUAUGCUCUUAAAAUAUUACAAAAUAAUUUACCUAAAAUCGGAGGUGGUACAGGAAUUGGUACCAGUAUGAGUAGUAUACGUGAUUUUCGAGACCUAUCAACAUCGGGUUUUAUACAAAAUUUUCAAAGUUUUCUAAAGGAAGGUGAAAGCACAAGAUUUAGUAAAGAAGAGCAAUCGCGUAUAUGCUGUAUACUAACAACGGCCGAAUAUUGCUUAGAAACAACACAACAAUUGGAAGAAAAAUUAAGAGAAAAAACAGAUAGAUGUUAUUCAGAAAAGAUUAAUCUAUCUCAGGAGCAAGAUAUUUUUCAUAAUGUUAUAUCGAAUUGUAUACAACUACUUGUUCAAGAUUUAGAGUCUGCAUGUGAAUCUGCAUUAACUGCAAUGACGAAGGUUCAAUGGAGUGCCAUAGAGGUUGUUGGUGACCAAAGUAAUUAUGUUAAUACUAUUGUGGCACACCUUCGACAAACAAUACCUACUAUCAGAGAUAAGUUAUCUUCGUGCAGAAAGUAUUUUACUCAACUCUGUGUCAAGUUUGCCAGUUCUUUUAUAGUAAAAUUAGUACAGCAAUUGUAUAAGUGCAAACCUUUAAAUACUGUGGGCGCUGAACAAUUACUAUUAGAUGUACAUAUGUUGAAAACUGCUCUUUUGGACCUCCCAUCAACAGGAUAUCAAGUUCAAAGGAAAGCACCAGCUACAUAUACUAAAGUAGUAGUAAAAGGCAUGGCAAGUGCGGAAAUGAUACUCAAAAUUGUGAUGUCACCAAUAGAAUCUCCAAAAGAGUUUGUAAAACAAUGCAGAAUACGUCUACCAGAUUUGCAAGCGCCAGAAUUUCAAAAAAUUUUGGAUAUGAAGGGCUUGAAAAAGACAGAACAAGUUCUAUUACUAGAACAGUUCAAGCAACCUGAGAAUACAGAUAUUUCACAUGACACUAGGAGUCACAUCAUUCAAGAUAGCCCAGAACAUGAAGCUGGGCGAAUAAAAAGAUUGGAAAAAUUAAUCAAAAAAAGAAUAUGAAUGUUUCAUAGUAAAACUUAUAUA